AUGUAACGAGGUAGUGAAAAUGGACGAGACUGCUAACUACUUAGCUAGGUGAACAAAUAUUGUCGCAACUGGAAACUAUUAUUACAAAGGCAGUAACCUUGGACGUCAACAUGGACGAUAUGGAAAAUAACAGUGGCACAGAUAAUAAUACAGCAGAUCAGCAGUGUGAAUCAGAAGGGAAGGAGUCCAAACAAAGGCCAAACUUGUCACAAGUUAAAAAGUCCUGGGGCUUCAGGCGGACAACCAUUGCUAGAAGGGAAUUCUUGGAAGAAGUUGGAGAUUUAAGUCACAGUCCUCCACUUGUACGAAGGACCAGAGGUCGUCGAGCCAAGACGGCACAAAAUAGACAAGAUUCCCAAGCCACUCAGAGAGCUUCUUGUUCAACUAAGAGUGUUAUAGAUGACCUAGAGUGGUCUGCUCCAUCCUCACCUGCAUCAGAGGACAGUAAGCCAGCUUCUGAAGCUUCUGCAGGAGGGAGCCUUGAUCCCUUGUUAUGGCAAGAUUUUGGUUCUGCCUUCCACACUGCUUUCUCACUACUUGGUGGGAGAGAGGGUUUAUCAAUGGACAUCUCGGACACACUGGGUACCCCUAAUAUUUUAGAACCCACUGAUGUCCUUGAUGACCUGCCUUCAAAUGGUGCAGAUGAAAACAAUGUACCUGAUAAUUUGGAAUCUGUCAGUGACAUGGAAGGUUUACAACCUGACAAUACAGAGAAAGGAGAAACUGAUGUAGUUUUAAUCUCUAGCCAAGAAGAAGACAGUGAUGACCUGACUCUGUUAGAUAUUAAGCAACAGCAGUUGUUUAAAGGAAAACAGGGAACUAGAGGGGGAAAAGGUGGAAGAGGAAGAGCCAGAGGUAGGGGAAGAGGGAGAGGAAGAGGCAGAGGCAGAGGAAGGGGUAGAGGUAGAGGCAGAGGCCGAGCUGUGGAAGUUGUCUCAAUCAUUGUGGAUGAUGAGGACAAUGAUGAUGAGUUAAUAGUUGUUAAUCUAGGUGGACAGAAGGCACAGGUGCUACAGGAAGAGGAAAAAGACAACAGUACACAGAGCCCUUGCCCAAUAGAGAUAUCACCUGAUUUCUCUGAUAUUUGUUUGAGCCCUGCUCAGCAAUUAAGUUCAGACUGUAUAAUUAUAGACACUGAUUUAGACCAGAUUCCUGAUGUAACUCCUGGCCAAUAUGAUGAUGCACCAGAGGAGGAAGAGGAGAAGAACAUAGAAGAGGAUUCAAGCAUAUCGAAGACAGAUGGUUCUGAAUCAAAUGCUCUGUUCUGCAUCUGUCGGCAAAAGGACAAUAAAAGAUUCAUGAUCUGCUGUGACAGUUGCCAGGAGUGGUUCCAUGGUGACUGUGUUGGUAUCAAUGAGAUAGAAGGCCAUAAAAUGGAGAAAGAGGGGCAGGAGUAUGUCUGCCCCCCCUGCACAGCAAAGAAGCAGAGCCAACUAGAGUCUGUGCCUGAAACACAGUCAGAGUCUCAGUUGAGCAUCCAUCAGUGUCUGACACAAACUCCCUCUGGUGAUAAUGGGGAGGGGCAUGAGGAGCACCAAGUGCUUAAGAGCACUUUGGGAGAGGAGGAGAAAGUGGAGGCCGCUUUGACGAAGUCAGAACCUGAAUCUGAAGUUGAGAUGGUCACAGAAAACUCUUCUCCCCUGUGCAUUGGACUUGGAUGCAACAGAAAUGCCUUACCAGACUCUGUUUACUGUGGGACUGAUUGUAUUCUUCAGCAUGCAGCUUUUGCAAUGAAGACACUUUCUGGCCCAAAGGUGACUAAGUCUAAAGGACGGGGACAGAGAAAGCCUGCCACUGUCCAAGUCCCUGCAAAGGGUCAGAGGGCAUGUAGGAUGUCUAAGAGGUUAGCAGGAAAACCUGAAAAAGAAAGUGAAGAAGAGAUGAAGAAAGAUGAUGGAAGGCAGGAGGAGGCUGAAUCUCACUUAGCCUGCGACCCCAGUCUCUCAGAUGUUCAGGCCACUUCCAUACCACCAUCCAAAUUACACAAGUCGGAAAAGGACAGUGCACAGGUAGAUGCAGACCCUGAGACUGUAAAUGACCCACAAGAGUCGUCAAAGGACCCCUCUACAGAGUCCACCUCUUCUCCAGACCAUGUCGCUGAUCCAGCUUCACCCCAGAGCCACUCUCAAGAAGAAACACAGGGGUCAGAUGAUGUCUCGAAGCAACCGUCAGCAACUGCAGAUUCCUCUGUCCCACCCACCACUGCAAAAUCCAGUUUAUCUGCAGCCACCCUAUCCCAGACCCCCUCAGCCACUAGACAUCAUGAAACGGGGGCUCUCGUGAUUACGAAAACCUCAUAUGUCAUACCCAAGAAGCAGUCAGGAACCCCUCCUCCAUCUAGCCAUGUGUCAGCGGCGGCGUCACCCCAAAAGGCAACCUCGACCCCCACAAUGCUGAAUGAGACACGAAACCUGCCUGUGCCUCCUGCACCCAGUGCUCCUUCCUCUAGACCCACCCAGCCUAAUACCCAGGUCAGACAGAGCAUCCAACGCUCCCUCACUGGCAUCCUGUUUAAAAGGGUGAGUGAUUGUGAGGAUCUGAAGAUGUCUGAAAGUGAAGCUGCUAAACUUGUCACAAGCAUUGAAAUGGAGAUGUUCAACAUAUUUCGUAACACAGACAGCAAAUAUAUGAACAAGUACAGAACAAUAAUGUUCAACUUGAAAGACCCAAGAAACAAGGGCUUGUUGUAUCGGGUUGUACAUGGAGAGAUCGGUCCCUUUAGACUCGUCAGGAUGAGCCAGAAAGAUAUGCAGGCUGUCAAGGCACCAGAGCCAAUUGCAAAAGAAACAACACAGGUUAAGGAAACAAAGGCUAAAGCAACAGGUUCACUGCAGAAGCCUGAAGCAGUGAAGGUAGAUUUGCCCACUUUGAAUCCUGCCAGACCUGACAAGAACACGGAACAGAAGAAAAGUGUUCCUGCUCCUUCUCUGAAGGCUAAGACCAGCCAGCUAAACCAGGGGGGUAGUGCUGUACCAGAUAUUCUCACUUGUAUGCUUAAGGACACAACAUCAGAGCAUAAAACACAUCUCUUCGAUCUGAAGUGCAAGAUUUGUACAGGUCAAAUGGCAGCUGAAGAACUAGAUGAACCUGCACAGAAAAAACAGAAGGUUUCUGAAGUGAGAGAUAAACGUGAACCUUACUGGAAAAACUCUAAAGGAGAUGACUCCCCACUGCGGGCGCCUCCUGAUUCACCUGACUUGGACUCACCAACAUCUUCAAUAACAGAACCUUCUUCACUCCUUACCUCUGACUGUCCUUUGACCAUAGUUGAAUCUCCUGCUUCCCCCAUUAAGGACUCUCCUGCCUCCCCCACUUUAGAGUCUCCUGCUUCCCCUGUCAUGGAGUCCCCCGCAUCCCCAACUUCUGACGCUUCUCAAAUGACAACAUCAAGACCAUAUGCACCAGUUGUGAUUCCAGCGGUAUCCACAGUAACCAUCACAAGGCGAGAUCCUCGUACUGCGGCAAGCAGAUUCUCAACUUUGACUAGUGGUAUUCCUAGUUCCAGUAAUACAGCCCAUAACAAAUCAGCCCCUUAUACCCCUCUUAAAGACUCUAGCUCCACCCCACCCUCAGCUCCACCCUCGUCUCUCCCACCAACAAACAAAUUACCCAAAUCUAUCUUAAUGAAGCCAUCUUCCGCAGCAGAUCCCAGACUUUAUGGCACAUCCUCAAGGAUUGUGACUUCUGAACCCACUGCUGAUAGUGAGACUGCUCAGUUCCUUGCUAAGCAAGACAUACUAUGGAAAGGCUUCCUCAACAUGCUCACUGUAGCCAAGUUAGUCACCAAAGGAUAUCUGGUUUCAGGAUCUGCUGAAAAUCUUAAAGCGGAUCUCCCAGACUCCAUACAAAUUGGAGGGAGGAUCCUACCUCAAACAGUUUGGGACUACGUUGCAAAACUAAAGACCUCACUCACAAAGGAAUUAUGCGUGAUCCGGUUUCACCCUGCAACUGAAGAAGAAGAGGUGGCCUAUGUCUCCCUGUUCUCCUAUUUUAGCAGCAGAGGACGUUUUGGUGUGGUUGCCAAUAACAGCCGAUCCAUCAAGGAUGUAUACCUCGUUCCACUCAGUGCAAACGAAUCAGUCCCAUCUAUACUGCAGCCACUGGAAGGACCAGGCCUUGAAAAGAACCGGCCCAACCUUCUUCUAGGGUUGGCAAUAGUCCAGAGGACAAAACGUCCAGGGAGUUUUCCUCAGGAAAUUGAAGAAAAAAGACCCAAAGUGCAUAUGGCCAAAGACCCUAUGUGGAUCCCAAAACCACCAGUUCUUUAUGGUUCUGACAACUUGGAGAUAUUCCAACCCUACAACCCAGAGACACCUAUCAGCACCACCCCUCCUGAUUCACCCCCUUGCCCUGGAUCACCUUCAGAUUCUUCUAGCUCAGUUACCACACCAGCUCUUUUCACUUCUCUUAAAGCAACUCCUCCUGUCUCUACUGCCCCUGAUGCUGCCACUCAGUCAAACUCCAAAAACAUCACUGACAAGAAUCCAGCAUCAGCAUCCAGUAGUAAGACACCCUUACAGACAAUCUUAAAAAGUUUGUUUCGUAAUAAUUCAAAUGACUCUGACGGAAGUUCCACAACAGCAACCACAGUGAGUAUUAAGAAACUCCCUGUGUUGUCUCAGAUGUCUGGAUCAAUGCUAGAUCCAAUUGUCCAACAAUAUGGACAGAAAAACAAAGUCAAAGAAAUAGAAAAAGAAAAAGAAGAAAAUGACUUCGAUCGACCGUAUGACCCAGAGGAUGAGUAUGAUCCAGCGAUGGGAUAUAAUGUGACGACUCCACAGACCACAGAAAAAAAUAAGGAAGAUAUCCCAGAAUUAUCAGCCAGUGCUGAUGAUGAUGUGGCCUAUGAUCCAGAGGAUGAGACGAUUUUUGAUUGUAUAAAGAAUGACAUAGUAACAAAGUCCCUUGCUCCAACUCAAACAUCAGAGCCAUGUCCAACACCUGCUUCUACUGUGGUGACACCAGCACCAGCUUCCACUCAAGCUUCUACUUCAGCCUCUGCUCCAGCCCGUACUCCUACUCCAACUGGAGACUUGCACAAUAUCCCUUCAGGGACUGUGGUUGUGUCAGCUGAAACACUAAGUGAACAGAAACGAAUGCUUGAGGAGCUUAAUAAGCAAAUUGAAGAGCAAAAACGACAAUUAAAGGAGCAAGAAGAAGCCCUACGUCAACAAAGAGAGGCUGUGGGAAUCUUCAUGGCCCACUUUUCUGUUUCUGAUUCCCUCAUGUCUCCCCCAUCAACAUCUGUGCCUCUGAGUAAACUUUCAUCUCUGCAGAUUGGCAAAGUGAAAACAGACAAGGCCAGUAACCCUUCAGAGACCCAGGACAGUUCAAGUGCGGAUUCACCAGCUGUUAAUCCAGAAAAUAAGACUUCCUUAUCUGUUGUAACAAAUGACCCAGACACUGUCACAGAACAAGGUGAGACAGAGGAAAAUGUCAGGGAAAGUGACAAGUAUUCCUCUGCUGGAGAGAUUGAAGAUUCAGAUGUAGCUUAUGAUCCAGAGGAUGAAUCCCUUUUUAAUGAAAUCCAAGAGGAUGUAUUUCAGGGGAGCAGUGCAAAGUCUCGAGAUAAAAGUGGGCACAGGGGAAGUUCUCAGAGUUCAUACCACAGCAGAAAGCACAGGCAGUCACCCAAGAGACGGAGUCAUCGUGAAAGGGGUCAUCAUAGGAGUCCAUCAAGAAGGUCCCAGCGGCGGUCUCCUUCGCGUUCCCAUAGGCGAAGGGAAAAGGACAGACACAGAAGAAGUGAAAGGGAGAGGUCAAGCCACAGAUCUAGAGACCAGUUUGAACGCCGUAAUCGUAAGGAACAUACUUCACAUCGGCAUUCUCGUGGACACAGAAGAUCCCCAUCAUCUUCCAGGAUUAAGCAUUCUUUAUCUCUUUCACCAAAACAGAGCAGGACACCUUCCCCUAAAAUUUUUGAAGAUAACCUGAAGCAUGCAGUGAAUACUUUUAAUACGCCAUUAGACUCUGCUGUGGAUCAAAGUGUAGAAAGCAGCACAUCAUUAUAUGGCCUGGCUUCCCUCAAAAAUGAAUUUGAUGUUCAUCAGUUAAAGCAGGAACAAAAGAGCUCUGAUGAAAACUAUUCUUCCUAUUCACAUGAUGUUCUUCUCCCUGAAAAGGUAGAGAUAAAAGAAUCUUCAGAAAAUCAAAACCAGUCAGAAAGUGACCAUAAUGUUACAGGUAGUGGUUGCAAGCAGGUAGAUAAACCUUCUCAACAGGAAAUUAUGUUUAUCGACAAACUUGACAGUGCAAUUCCUCUAAGAGAACUUGAUCCACCCAUUCGAGAUUCUCCUCAUAGUCCUGAUCCAGAGCCUCAGUUUGUGAAACCUAGCAGCAUAGAAAAACUAGACUUAAUUAAAAUAGAAAGAAAUGAAGUUAGUGUGACAUAUAGCAGUAGCCUGAUGGAAGUUGGUAAAGUUGAAAAUGAUCCUCUCUAUGUUGAAGCUCAGGCAACAGUGGUCUCUCUGCAGUUGUCUGCUACUAGAGGCAAUUUUAGAACCUUAGACCUACAAGGCCCAAGUGCCAGAGAAGAAGAUCUGAUAAAUCCAAACAAAUCAAUCAGUCAUUCAUAUUUAGCUACAGGUUCAGAUUUUCAGGUUUCAGGGAAUACUGUGAGAGGUCCAGGUAUGCAAAGCUUACCACCAAAAGAAUCACUGUUUGAAAAGACAAAGGAGCUUAAAUCUCAAGCAGAAAAUCAAGAUGUAAAGCCAAACAUUGUCACUGUAGUAAAAGAUUCCUCUUUUGAGGAUCCACAGUUAGCAAGUAGGACUGCAAAUCUAGACCAUACAGGUAUGAUGCAUAAACAUCAAAAUCCAGGUGUGAGGAACGUAGAUCCAGAAAAAAAUGCACAAAUAUCAAAUAUUUUUGGAAAAGGUCCAUGUGGUGGAGGCAUGGGAGAUGCAGGUCCAGAUAUAAGGAGUCCUGGGCCACCUUUUCAAGGGUUAGGAAUAGAUCAGAGGCAAUCUCCACUGACAGAUAAAAGAUGGUAUUCACAAAGAGGGCAAGAUGUAUCCAUGAAACAGCCAGGGCCAAACACAGACUGUGAAAAUAGAGAGUUAAAGACAUUUGAAGGACAAGUGGUGAGUGAUUCUAGCAAAGACUUCAGAGAAACUCAAAUGAUGAAACACGAAUCAAAAACUAUGCAUGAAUUAGGAGUUCCAGAUUUGAGGGAAAGAAGUCAUGUUAUGUCUGGUCAGAAUACUAGUAGUAUGAGUGGGUCAAUUACAAAAAUUGAUAGAACUGAGCCACAUGUAAGUACUUCAGACAUGCAUGGUCCAGAUAGAGGAAAUUUGGGUAAUUUAGGUAUGAAAAAAUUUGAAAUGCAGGGACAAUGGAUUGAUAGGAGACAUGGUCCUAAUAUGGGUUGUAAUGUCGGUCAGAGUGGUCAAACUACAGAUCAGGAUUCAUAUAUGACGGAUUUGAAUAUGAGUGGCACAGGGUUAAAUGCAAGAGAUGAUACAAGAGGGCCAGGCAGAGGAGGGACGUUCACCCAAGGAGAAUGGAGAGGACAUGGCAAGAGAGGACGAGGAGGUCCAAUUUAUUUGGGCUCAGGAUCUGAAAGGAGAGCUCCAGCUCUGGACAAUCCAGAGACUGAAAAUGGAGAUUUUAGUGGAGGAGGCCCUGACAGGAGAGGGCCACCUAUGCAGGGUCCUUUCAACGCUAGGAGGAGACCUGGUGAUCCAGAUUUUAGUAGAGGGGAGCUCGAAAGGAGAGGAUUGCCGAUGGAGGGCCCUGGGCCCCACAGUGGUGGACCUGGACAGCCAGAUUUCAGUGGAUCAGGGCCUGAAAUGACAGGACCAGCUAUGGAUGGUCCGGUACCUGACAGGAGAAGGGCAGAUAUGGCAGACUUCAGUGGGUCAGGGCCAAAGAGGGCAGGUCCUGAUAUGGAAGUUCAAGUGCUUGAGAGGAGAGGGCCAGGAGGUCUAGAUUUUAGGAAACCUGGGUCUGAAAUGGGUAGUCCAUGUGUACAGGAUCCUGGGCCUGAUGGAAGACAUCAAGGCCCAAAUUUCACAGGACAUCAGUCUGAAGGCAGAGAUCAACCUAAUGAUAUUCCAGGUACUGACAUGAGAGGACCAGGAUUUUCAGGUUUUAGAGGACAAGGACAUGAAAGGAGAGGUCCAUUUAUAGAUCACCAAGGGCCUGAUAGGAGGGGAGAAUAUAUGGGUGCAUCUGGACCGGGACCUGAAAGAACUGGUCCAGGUGUAGAAAGCCAAGGGCCUCAUGGAUUAGGACAGGGAGGUAUACACACAAGGGGUUCUGAGUCAGAAAAUAGACAUCAAAAUAUUGAAAGUCCAGGUCCUGACACUAAAGGCCCAGAAUUCAGAGGUCACAGGCCUGACAGCAGAGCCCCAGAAUUUAGGGGUCCUGGACCCAACAGAAGAGACUUUGAAUUCAGGGGUCCUGGGCCUGUAGGAAGAGGCCAUGAAUUCAGGGGUCCUGGGCCUGACAGAAGAGAUCCAGAAUUCAGGGGUCCCGGACCUCACAGAAGAGAUCCAGAAUUCAGGGGACCCGGACCUGACAGAACAGAUCCAGAAUUCAGGGGUCCAGGACCUGACAGAAGAGAUCCGGAAUUCAGGGGUACUGGGCUUGAUAGAAGAGGUCCAGAGUUCAGGGGUUCUGGGCCUGACAGAAGAGACCCAGCAUGGAGGGGUCCUGGGCCUGACAGUAAAGGUCCAGAAUUCAGGGGUCCUGGGCCUGACAGUAAAGGUCCAGAAUUCAGAGGUCCUGGGCCUGACAGUAAAGGUCCAGAAUUCAGAGGUCCUGGGCCUGACAAUAGAGGUCCAGAAUUCAGGGGUCCUGGGCCUAACAGGAGAGGUCCAGAAUUCAGGGGUUCUGGGCCUGACAGUAAAGGUCCAGAAUUCAGAGGUCCUGGGCCUGACAGUAAAGGCCCAGAAUUCAGGGGCCCUGGGCCUGACAGGAGAGGUCCAGAAUUCAGGGGUCCUGGGCCUGACAGGAGAGGUCCAGAAUUCAGGGGUCCUGGGCCUGACAGUAAAGGUCAAGAAUUCAGAGGUCCAGGGCCUGACAGUAGAGGUCCAGAAUUCAGGGGUCCAGGGCCUGACAGGAGAGGUCCAGAAUUCAGGGGUCCUGGGCCUGUUCGUAGAGGUCCAGAAUUCAGGGGUCCUGGGCCUGACAGGAGGGACCCAGAAUUCAAGGGUCUAGGGCCUGACAGGAAAGACCCAGAAUUCAGAGGUCCUGGGCCUUUCCGGGGAGACCCAGAGUUUAGGGGUCCGGGGCCUGACAGAAGAGGCCCAGAUAUCAGGGGACCAGGGCCUGAAAGACCAGAUGUCAGUAUGCAUGGUCCAGGGCCUGAAUGGAGAGAUCAGGAAAGAUCACCAUUCAUCACUUCAGGAUCUGAUAGAACAGGACCAAGUAUGCAGGUUUCAGGGCCUAGGAGGGGUCCUGGAGGUCCAGACCUGUGUAGUCCAGAGAUGCAAUUUCCUGGUCAACAUGCAGAAGGCCCAGGUCCUGAAAGGAGGACACUGGAAGAUAAUUCCAGGGCACUUGGACCAGGAAGACCUCCAGAUAUUGGGGGCCCAGGAUAUGGUAGGAGAGGUUCAAGAGGUCCACGUAUUGACCACAUGAGACCUGAUUGGAGAACUUCAGAAGGUCAAGAAUUUAGGGCAGUUAGACAGGAAGGUCAAAAUCCUGAGGGCCUGCAUCAUGAUGACUGGGAAGCACCUGAUUUUGGAGGGUCAGGAAUUGGCAAUGAUAACCCCAAUAUAGAGUGCCCGGGGCCUAAUAGAGCAGGUCCCAGGUUUAGGGGUCAUGGACCUCAGAAUGACUGGAGAGGCCGUGGAAAUAGGAGGCCAGGGCCCAUACACGACAGACAAUUUCAAGGGCCCAGAGGAGGCCAAGGAGACGACUGGAGUGGUACUGAUUUCAUGGAUGCAGAACCUGUAGAGGAGGGUCCAGAUUCAGUGAGCCAAGGGCCUGAUGGGUGGGGUCCUGAGGAUGAAUGGGGAGAGCCUGAUGAUAGAGGUAGAGAGGGGCCAGGGAGAAUGGGACCAGGACCGAGUUUUAGACGCGGCAGAGGUCAGUUCUUUAGAGGACGAGGCCGUCAUCCACGAGGUCGAGGCAUGAGAGGAUCCCCGGGCCAUAUGAGGGGGGGUCCCAAUAUGGGUAAUCACUGGAGACAGCCAGGGAACACGGAAGAACCUACUUCUUAUAGAGAAAGUCCAGACUCAAAUUUAUGUCCAAACAGAAAAGGUUUUGAGAUGGAAGGUCCUGAGAGAAUAGGCCUUAGAGGACCAGACUCAAUGGGCCCAAGAUUAGGACCAAGGGGACCUGAGCCACACAUGAAUGAUAUGCCAGUGUCAGACUUAAGUUAUGAAAGCAGGGGGUCGGACAUGAGGGGCAGAGAACACAUGCAUAUAGAUCACACAGUCGGUAAUAAAAGGGGAGGCCCACAGAUAAGACAUGGUUCACCACAUUUCAACAGCCAAAGGACAGACUCACAUAGAGGUCCAGAGAGUCAUCCACAAUCUGCACCUUUUAAUAUUCCAGUAGGUUCAGCUCCCAACACUGGAGGAAACCCUCAAAGACACAGAACUGCUUUACUUCCCACUCCCACAGAGGGUCUCAUACGUUUCCCAAAUCGUGUUUUGAACAGGGGUAGAGGACGACCAGUAAAUCGAGAAGUAGAUCAAAAUCAAGUCAUCCCAUCUUUUGGUGCAACCACAAAGACUGUAGCAGAAAAAGACAAUUUAAACCAAUCAGAGAGCUCGCACAGUUAGCAAAUCAAAACCUAAAAAUACAAACACAGGAAGAGACUGUAGAAUGAUAUACUUUGAAUGUUUUUUGUUUUUCAUUUUUUGAGACAGUUGUUUCUAAAAAUGACCUGCUGGUAAAGCCAUGCAGAAAUGACACUGUAGUAAUGUGGUAAUGCCUGUAGAGGUAUCUGAGUUUAUCGUACUGAAAUGUGUCCUCGUUCUGUCAAAGCUCAUAGUUACUUUUAUUUUUGUUACUUGACUGAGUAUCUCGUAGUCUUUAUUGAUCAUUUGUAAAUUGAGACUGAUGUGGAUUCAAGUAGAAAAAAAACAGAGUUUUGUACAGAAAAUACUGUCCUUUUCUUCUUCUUCUUUUUUUUUUUUUUAAACAUUGGCAUUGUGUCAGUACAUUUGCCUAGAUGUGGCUUAUAUUACAUCUGUCUAUAAAAUGGCUUGUUUAAUUCUUGUUUUAGAAUAAAAUAAGGCAAUAAAACCUAACUUUUCUUAAGUUUG